AUGAUACCUACGCCGGAUUUAUCUCAUAUCAAGAAAGAGGACUUUGAGAGAGUCUAUGAGCCAGCGGAGGAUACCUUUUUAUUACUAGAUGCUUUAGAAGAAGACGAAGCGUUGAUUCAGCAGCUCAAGCCGAGUAUCUGUCUUGAAAUAGGAUCUGGCUCCGGAUGUGUUACAACCUUGCUUGCCAAAAUAGUUGGAAAUAAGAAUGCAGUGUUCCUUACCACCGACAUCAGCGCAUUUGCAUGUGAAACUACUCGGAAAACAGGUUUACAUAACGGAAUUACACAGAUUGAACCGAUUAGAACAUCGCUGGUCGAAGGCAUCAUGCCGCGAUUGAAGAAUCGCAUCGAUAUUUUGUGCUUCAAUCCACCCUAUGUGGUGACAACACAUGAAGAGGUUGGCAGUCUGGGCAUUGAAGCAGCGUGGGCAGGUGGCAUUGAUGGCCGAGAAGUCAUUGAUCAGUUGCUGCCACUUGUCAAGGGCAUUCUCUCUCCCCAAGGCAUAUUCUACCUGCUGCUAAUCAACGAAAACAAGCCUGAUCAAGUGGUGCAGCUCAUGAAAGAGUCAUACGAAAUGAAUGCAAAGAUCAUCAUGGAACGUCGUGCUGGUAGAGAAAAGCAGUUUAUUGUAAAAAUCACACAUUAA